AUGAAAAAUGGACUUGUGCUAUUGGUGAUUUUUCUAUGUUUGGCUGUAGAAAUGUAAGUUUAGGCGCACACAGAAGGUCCUACAAAAGGUGACUUUGUGAGUUUGUAAAUUUCCGAGAAUAUUUUUUUACAUUCGUUGGGCCAUGGCCACAUAUGGCUUGGUACAUAUUUCGUGGGACGAAGUAGGUUUUGUCCAUAAACUUCUGAAAUGCUAUGCUCGAAAAUAUGCCGAAUUUUUGCAAUUUUUUUGACAUAAAAAUCUCUGUUGUUAUGUGAAUAUAAGGCCAAGUACGGCUAAUUCUAAAACGGGAAAAAGUGUCCAAAAAUGUCUUUGUUUACUGUACCAACCAUCUUAACAACGGUAUAGCGUUAUGGUGACUUUCACGCUUACUACGCUUAUAAUUAGUUUACUUCGCCGACGGUGAUUAACGACGGUGUGGUCGAUUUUUUGACAGUUUGUUUCAUAAACUGUAAAAAAACGUAGUUCAAGAGUAGUUGUACCGGCUCUUUAAAACUGAUUGCUUACAAAUAGUAUCCUUGAAAAUUCGAAUCUCUUUUGUUCCAAGUUUUGCCAUGUUCUGACCUUCGACUUUGCUCAAAAUUCCAGAGAAUGUGCGCUGUUUGCAGUGCUGGUCUCCGGCUCUCGAGGCUGGGAGAAUUACCGGCAUCAAGCCGAUGUCUGCAAUGCCUAUCGAGUAAUCACAGCGCAGGGAGUGGAGCCGGACAACAUCAUCACCAUGGUUUAUGAUGACAUUGCCAAUGAUCCUAGGUAAAAUUAAUUUAUCUUUGAUACAUUUUGAAGCUUCCGAUAAUUAGAAAUGUUUUAGAAAUCCUUUCCCCGGCAAAAUCUUCAACAGCGGCGACUUGGAUGAUGUUUAUUCCGGGAUUAAAAUCGAUUACCGAGGAGAUGAUGUGAAUGUGGCCAAUUUUCAAAAAAUUUUGUUGGGAAUUCCAACUGGCGUGGGGUCGGGGAGAGUUUUGAAUAGGUAAAAUACGGGUCUUAUAGUUCUGUGUUUAUAGAGUUAUAUUUUUUUUACCCGUUAGUAUCUUUCAGUACAAUUGAUGACAAUGUUUUUGUCUACUUUUCGAACCACGGAAACACUGGAUUUGUGGGGUUUCCCAAUCAUCAAAUCUUUACUGCCAAGGAGUUACAUGUCCUUCUGGAUGCAAUGAAGGCUCGUAAUCGAUAUGGGAAAAUGCUUGUUUACAUUGAAUCUUGCUUCAGUGGGUCGUUGUUCAAUGGAAUUUUGAGGGAGGACAGAAACAGUAAGCGAAUUUAAGAAAAAAAAAUAUUUUUUUAUAUCUUCUAAUAGUAACAUUUUUCGAAAAAUUUGUCACCGAUUUUUCAGUCUACGCUCUAACCGCCUCCAAUGAGCGAGAAUCCUCCUACGGCACCACCGAUUCCAUUCAAGACAAAACCGGGACCCGCAUCAUUUUGGGCGAUGCUUUUUCCGCCAAUUGGAUCAACUCCAUGCUAACCCAUGAUCUCACAGCCACCACUAUCGACGAGCAAUUUGAAUUCGUUCAAGAGGCCACCAAAUUGUCGCAUGUUCAGAGAUUCGGGACCUUGUCCAUUGGGCAGAUGAAAGUCGCUGAAUUCUUGCAAAUUGCUGGGUUUAGAGAGGAGCGAGUGGUGAGUUUGGAUUCAUGAUAAUGUAGAUUUUAUUUUGAUGACAAAUAAAAUGAAAUUUUAAAUUUUUUUUCGAUUUUUUCAGAGUGGAAAUCCGAAAAUGGCGAACAGUUCGAUGCCUUCUUGUGUGAUGCCGGAGCUGAUAAUGAUCGAGCAAUUUGAAAAAACACAGGAUUUGAAGGUGAAGGCAGAGCUGGGGAAGAAGUUGAGGAAGAUCAUUGAUGUAAGAACAAUCUAUAUUUAUUAGUCUGUCGGGAAAAUAAUGACCACAAAGCCGCAUUUUUUGGCGGCGAUUUUCGAUGCGACAGAGUGCUCAUUAUUUUCCCGACAGACUGAUAUUAACAUACCUCAUCCAUACGAAGUAAAUCUGUUAUAAUUUCACAGGUAAAACAUUCCAUUGAAAAGAGCUCCAUGGAGCUUUUUGUCGCCUUAUUCCCCACCUCUCGCGCUGACAAACUCUCCGAUCCAACAAUGGAUCCCCGUCUUCCCCCUCACAAAAUCACUCAACUCGAUUGCCAUGACAAAGUUGUUCAUGGUUUUGCCGCGAAAUGUCCGGAAAUGAUGGAUGUAAGUUGAAGGUGACAUUUAGAGGAGUCUCUGAUUUCAGAGCGACUUCAAGAACCACUUCAUUGCCACAAUUACCAACCUCUGCGAACGAAUGGUGCCGGCCGAAGAAAUUGCCGAACAAAUGGAAAAGAUUUGUCGUUAG